UGACCUCAUCUCUCUCAAACAACAUGGCGGACCGUAAGUUGUUUGUGUUGGUUGUGUUGGCGUUGUUUUCAUUGUCAUUUUGUACAAAAUACGAGCCAACAUGGGAGUCGCUCGAUACCAGGCCGAUUCCGGGCUGGUACGAUGACGUAAAAUUAGGAAUCUUCAUACACUGGGGAGUCUUCUCGGUGCCGAGCUUUUCGUCGGAAUGGUUUUGGUGGAAUUGGAAAGGCAUGGGUCUUCCUGGCGUGAUCGACUUUAUGGAAAAGAAUUACAAGCCCGACUUCACCUAUGCCGACUUCGCUCCAAUGUUUACAACCGAGUUUUUUGAGCCAAACGAGUGGGCAGAGAUAUUUAAGGCAUCUGGUGCAAGAUAUGUUGUGCUGACCAGUAAACACCACGAGGGAUUCACUAACUGGCCAUCUAAAUAUUCCUUCAACUGGAAUUCCAAAGCUACUGGACCAAACAGGGACCUUGUUGGUGAGCUAGCUGACGCUAUCCGUAACAAAACCGACAUCAAGUUUGGUUUGUACCACUCCAUGUUUGAGUGGUUUAAUCCUCUCUACCUCCAGGACAAGGCUAACAACUUCAGCACCAACCGAUUUGUCCAGAACAAAAACCUGCCUGAGUUGUUCGAAAUUGUGGAAAAGUACAAACCAGAAGUGGUGUGGUCUGACGGUGACUGGGAGGCACCUGAUUCCUACUGGAGUUCCACACAAUACCUCUCAUGGCUCUACAAUGAAAGUCCAGUUAAGGACAGUGUGGUUGUGAAUGAUCGGUGGGGAAUCAACACAGCGUGUCGUCAUGGUGGUUUUUAUACGUGUGGAGACAGAUACAAUCCAGGUGUCCUGCAGAAACACAAGUGGGAAAAUGCCAUGACAAUUGACAAGUAUUCUUGGGGUUUCCGUCGAAAUGCAAAGCUCGAAGACUAUCUGACUAUGGAGGAACUCCUCAAGACUUUUGUGGGAACAGUCAGCUGUGGCGGUAACAUGCUGAUGAACGUUGGCCCAACCAAAGAUGGAAGGAUUAUUCCAAUCUUUGAGGAGCGUCUGCGACAGAUGGGUUCAUGGUUAAAUGUGAAUGGGGAGGGAAUCUAUGGCACUCGUCCCUGGUCACACCAAAACGACACCGUCACGCCAGAUGUGUGGUAUACCAUGAAGAAGUUUCCUAAUGUCACUGCCGUCUAUGCUGUGACUCUGCAGUGGCCAGACACAGGUGUCCUCAAGCUUGGUGCCCCAGUGACCACUUCAGCGACCAAUGUCAGUCUGCUGGGAUACUCUGGUAACCUGAAGUACACUAGCAGUGGGCCUGCAGGAAUGACCAUAGUGAUACCACCUAUACCCAUCAACAAGAUGCCCUGCGACUGGGCAUGGACAUUCAAAAUAACUGGACUCUCCAACUAGGUGACUGAUUUACGAGGAAAGUAGGAAUGAUUGAACUAAACACUGGAUAAAAGUCACCAACAAUGACAGUACCUCAAUGAACUGUUCUCAUAAGGGCAAGAUUUAUUUUGGUAUUUAACCAUAGCAGCAAGAAUUAUUUUCCUAGAUUCUUGCAACAGCAGUGGAUAAAAGAUAUGUGCCAUAAAUAUUCAGAAUUUAUUAAAUAUUUCACUAUUUAUAAAGUUUUGAAAGUGUGCAAUUACAAUAUUCAUUGUACUAGCUUAUAAAUACAUUGUAAAAUUUUUGAAAAAAAAAAUCUUUUAAAUCCUAAAAAUAUACACAUUUUGUUUGAAAUCAUAGAAAAUACAUCACAUUCCAAACUUUAACAAACUGUAACUAUACUACAUUUUCUAAAUGUUCAUUAACUCGAUAGAAAAUGUAAUACCUGUCGAGACAAAACAAAUUGUAUAUCCCAGAAAGGAUUUUAUAUACCACUGGGUUUUUUCCUCCUGUCCCAGACAGCUGGUGUAUCUAUGUAUAUCUAAUGUGUAUCUGGGUGUAUCUUUGUAUAUCUUGUAUAUUUGAUCAGUUUUACUUAUUAUUUGUUGAUGACGUUUUGAGAAAUGAGUGCCUUGGUGACGAAACUGUCCGUUUUUGGGAAUAGUUCAAUAGUAAGUUAAUCACCAUCUAUAUAAAGAUCGAAAACAAAAGAAAUGCUGAAAUUUGGACUUGACAUAAGCCCAGUGUUGUGAUGUUAACGUAUGGAUGUAGGUUUUUGUAUUGGACGCACACUUAGACUUUUCUCAAUAUUUUAGUCAUGUUUGAAAUGGAAGUCUUCCAAACCCUGGGACCAAUAUUACUGUAUACCGGUAGUUGUUAAAUUUUGUAGUGUUAAGAUGCAAUGUUUUUUUCUGUUGUGCCAGCUUGAACUAACUUUAUUUCAUGGAUGUGAAAUCUCAAUAAACAUCAAAGUUCCGCAAUAAACAUGUUGAGACUAGUGUAUAUUUACAGAGAUUAUAUUUCACGGUACAAAUACUCGUAUUUUUUUCAUGCUAUAUUUAGUGUCAUGAAUAUAAUGAAAAUGGUCCCAUACUAAUCUAAAACCAAAUACGUAUACAAUUUAAAUGUCUCGUAGAUUUAUAUGAAUAUCAAAAACAUUUUUAUUAAUCAGCUUUUGCCGUGACUAAAAUAUUUCUAUGUAGAUGUUUAAUAUUGUGCUCAAUUUUUGUACAAUUUCUUCAACAAUUCUGUGCACUAGAAUUUGUGUAUUAGAGUUAGAGAUUAAAUUUUAUUUUAUUUUUGAUAUAUUUCAUAGAAAUAAUUCUAUUUUUGUAGCCGUUGUGAUUUGUGAUGCCUUACUCUCUGUAUGUUUGGUUGUGUGACAGCCUGCUGUACAAUAUAUAUAUCUGUUUACCUUGGAGGUUACCUAUUUCAACACAAUGACAACCACAUCACAUUGUUACUUUAUGGUGUUAUGUCAUAUUAAUGGCAAGGAUGUACCGAUGUAUUAACCUUUAAUUUUUCUUAGGAAAUAAUUUAAAGAAAGUUCUCUAAGAUCUUUUUCUGAAAUCCAAUAAUGCUUUCCCAAGGAAAAUUUUAAUUGUAAGUUAAGAAAUGUCCUUACAUUAAGGAACAUAGAUAAAAUUGGGCCAAGUCUCAGACAAGGAGAUGUUUAGUGUUACUGCCUGGUUUAUUGAAAUUGUUGAAUUAGAGACUGGUAUAGUGAUGAUGUAUGAUUUACGUAAAGAAAUCCUGUCAUGUGAUAUUUGUUGUGUACUUAAUAACUUUAACUGGUGUUGGUUUCGCUACAUUAGGUAAUAACAACUUAAUUACUUAAUGUUUUCUCUCCUGUCUCAAACUUUUGACAUCUUCACAAUAUUUUGUUUUGAUUAUCUCCACAUUUUAUCCUAUGUUUCCUUAACCCUUUCAACUUUUUGAAACUUAGUGGACUCUGCCAUUCAUUUAUCACCGAGACUCCAACAUGAUCAGUAGGGAUGAAUGGGUUACCUCAUCUCAAAAAUUACAAUGCAUAGAUUCAAUUCAUGGUAUUUGGCAUAACUUACAAGGUGAGAGUUACCUCAGUUCUCUCCCAGAAUGCAUUGUUGUUCCUUACAUAAAUCAAUAUAUAUUAGUUAGCGAGAGAUCGGUUUGUCACAUUUAUCUAAAUGACAGUUCCACAUCUCAAAGGGUGAUGUAUAUAUUAAGUCUAUAAACGACUUCUUAUAAUGAACCCUAGUACCUGGACUGGUAAUGUUACCAUGUAGCCUGAUAGGGUGAGGGAAGCAGCUUGGUUAGUCACUUGAGGUUAAAUUAAAACAACUUUUCAACAAAACAAGUCUGAAGUUUUGUAAACUAUAUAUGACAUUCAAAUUAUGGAAUUCAAAUGAACAGACUUGUGAUAUCUCUGGUUAAUUAUCUAUCCUGUAAUUUCCAUGAAGGAAAUAACUCUCUGAUUUGAAUACAUGUACUUUACACCAAGUAAACAUGUUAAUGUGUCAACAUUUUCUAAUGACAUUUAAUUAACUGUGAAACUAGAACAUUUAGACAUUGGUAUGGAAGACUGCUUUCAUCAACUACUCAUACUCAUGAUGAGAAGAUUUGAUGUAUUGACCAGUUCUCAAGGACCACAACACUAGUAGGUAAUUUAAUGAUAAUGGUUGGUAGUUUAUAACAAGAGUAAAUGGCUGUGUAAAGUCACACCCCUGUAACCUUCUCACUGGUGUAGUUAGUCUUUUAUCAAUAUAAAGUGAUUAAUACAGGACCCUAGGGCCUCUUGUUUAAAAAUGCAUAUCAUAUCUUGUUUCCAUAGGUAUAUAAUUGUAGUUGAUAUUAAGGUCAUCUGACCCUAAGGGGUCCGUGCAUAAACUUUUCACAUUUCAAAUUUCUUCUCACGUUCUACCAGUGGGACUGAGCUCUUACCUUGCCUGAAAUGAUCCUGAGACGGUCCUGACCAAAUGUUGUGAUUUUCCAGGUUGGUCCGAAAUUCAAGAUGGCCAACAUCUUGAAAAACACAUUUUAGACUUCUCCAGUUUCGCUGGUUCCAUUGAGCUGGAAAUUGGUGGGGAUGUUAAGGAAGGGGAGCAAACAAAGUGUUGUUAAUUUUCGGGCUCAUUAAAACUUUGACAUGUCAGCCAUUUUGCAACAUGAUUAUGUAAUCAUUGUUUUCCUGAACAGUACCUAUUUUAAACUUGUUGUUAAGAUUCACAAGUGGGAUUCAGCUCUAAUUGAAAUGAUCCUGAGAUAGUCCUGGACAUGUGUUAUUUUUCAGGUCGGUCUGAAAUCCAAGACGGCCACCAUGGCCAACAGUUCCACUCACUAUACUUUUUACUGAGUAUAUAUACUUCAAGGGUACAGGGGGAUUUAGAGUCUGAUGACUGUUAAGCCCCUUGGGCCUCUUGUUAAUAUUUUACAUUCCUAGACUUUAUAUUAAUAUAUAUAUAAUCAUUCCUAGUUACAUGUGUUCAUGAUUCAUUUACUGCUGAAGUCAUUUCUACAUGGUGUAAAUUCUUGCAUUUUCUCUUCAUAUUGUCAGCCACAGGGACCUGUCACAAAUUCUCCACCCAUGGUCCAUAUGUGUUGUAUGUCAGCCACAGGGACCUGUCACAUUAUUUGUAUCAUUACAUAAUACAUAUGGAUCCUGAAUUGAUAAUUUGUGGUAGGUCCCUAUGUUGUAAACAAUCACUGAAGUGCCUAUUACCUAAGGACCACAUUUUUAGUGGAAUAUCAGAUUUUGGUACAUAUAUAUACCAGUGUGUAUUUUCUUUAUCCACCUGGUGAUUUUUACUUUUACUAUUUAACACUUUUGUGUAUAAUUACACAUAGCCAUCACUCUCCUGAAUCUGAAUCUGAUGUAUGUUUUCUCCAUGUCACAUCAUUGAUGAUGUAUCUACAAUCUUUGUAUCCUGAAUAUUUUUACAAAGUGUGAUAUCCUCAUGCAAUACUUUGUUUCAGUUUACAUAUAAUGCACAAUAAAACGUUUUAAUUUUC